AGUGAUCCCGUCAUUCUGCCGAUAGAAACCUUAUGUGUACAGAGACCAGAGGAUGAAGCUGUUGUGUACCUUACUAACAAUUCUCAUCACAAGCCAAUAUAGAGUAUUAUGCAGAAGACAUCACAAUAGAGAUCGCAAAUUUAGUUGGAAUAAUGUUGAGAGUGAAUACAGAGAAACAGUUCCUAUUCGAGUCAACGAGACCGGCCAGUCGGUCUAUUCUCUGAGCAAGCAAUUUUUAUCAUACAACAACAGAGUUCCGGACAGUGAACUAUUGUAUUAUCAUGUCACAGCCUUUGAAAGAACUUUCAAGUUCAAGUUGGUUCGAGAUCGGAGCUUUGUGUCUCCGGGGCUCGAAGUUGAACACGUUUUUAAUGACUCUGUUUCAAUUCCUUAUCGUGGAGAGUUAGGACAUUGCUUCUACCAUGGGCAGUUAGAAGAAGAUAGUCUUUCAACUGUGUUGUUCAACUUAUGCAAGGGUCUGCGUGGUUCGUUUACUACAGAAGGGAUAGAAUAUUUCAUUGAUCAUACGGAAGAGGUGGAAAGGGGGAAUUCUAGUUCGAGAGGCAAAAUCCAUGUUGUAUAUCGGAGAUUGGAGAAUGCUCGCAAAACAAACACAUCCUACGAUCUUGGAGAGACAUACUUUCCCGGGAACACGAGCGAGUACAUUAUAGACUUAAGCCGAGAUGACAUACACAUAUCUCGCAAUAGAAGACGAAAACGUUACAUUGAAGCAGCUUAUGUCGAGACGAUGAUCACAGCCGAUCGCUCCAUGGUCGAGGCCUUCCCCAACAAGGCCGAACUCCAAAGCUACCUCAUUACUAUUAUGGGAAUGGUCGCACGUAUCUACAGAGACAGAUCGAUUGGGAAUUUAAUUAAAAUUGUGCUUGUAAAAAUCUACAUGAUAGAGUCCGACCUGAGUGAUCUUCAGAUUUCUUCAAGUGCUACCAACUCACUGACAAGCUUCUGUAAAUGGCAAACGAAGAUGAAUAAACCAAGUGAUUCAGACCCAGGGCACUAUGACACAGCCAUUCUUAUAACGAAACGUGACAUUUGUAGAGCGGCUGGCAAGUGCGACACUUUAGGACUUGCGGAAUUGAGCACAAUAUGUUCAACAUCGCGUAGCUGUUCUAUUGUAGAAGAUAGCGGUCUGAACACAGCCUUCACUAUUGCUCACGAACUCGCUCACGUCUUCAGUGUGUCUCACGACGGAGAUUUGAAUGUAUGCACCAAGCUAAAAGGUACUUCCAACAUCAUGGCCCCAUCGCUUAGCUUUGAUACCAAGCCGUGGAAGUGGUCUCAUUGCAGUAGAAAAGCGUUGACUGAAUUCCUGGAAUUAGGGUUUGGGAGAUGUCUUGAGGACCGACCCGAUCCAAGACGACAGACAUUCUACGAGGACAGACUCCCAGGAGAGAAGUUCUCGGCUGAUCAACAAUGUCGGUUUAUCUUUGGUAGCCAGUCCCGUCUUUGCCCGGCAAUGGAACCGUGUAGACGUUUGUGGUGUGUCAAGAAGAUUGGAAGACAACUAGGUUGCCAAACCCAUCACAUGCCCUGGGCUGAUGGUACACCAUGCGCGAAAGACAAAUGGUGUAUCAGAGGUGUCUGCGUCAAACAGCGUCGUUUACAGUCCGUUGAUGGUCAGUGGGGUCAGUGGAGCGAUUUUGGUUUUUGCACCCGCACCUGUGGAGGAGGAAUACAGUUUUCUUUACGACAGUGCGACAGUCCUGCACCAGAGAACGGAGGACUUUACUGCCACGGAGCACGCAAAAGAUUCAAGUCUUGCAACUCAAAAGAAUGUCCAGAAAAUUCUCCUGAUUUCCGUACCAUUCAGUGUGCACAAGAAGGGCGCCGGCGAAAGGUUACUUGGUCACCAAAAUACUCUGGAGUGAGGAAAGAGCAACAGUGCAGCUUGUUCUGUCGAGUCAGUGGUAGUGCUAUCUACUUUAAACUAAAAAAGAAGGUCAUUGAUGGGACACCUUGUAACCAGUACUCCACGGACGUUUGUGUGGAUGGACAAUGUCAAGCAGCAGGAUGCGAUCGAAUUGUUGGCUCUAAAGCUCGGUUUGCUAUAAUUUUGUUUACGAUAUACCUGCUAAUUCAACCAACGUAAAGAUUACACAGCGAGGACGCAAAGCUGAAGACGACAACUUCCUCGCUCUUAAAAACGAAAAGACGAACACAUAUCUUUUAAAUGGUGGAUAUGUUGUGAGUCUUGGUGUCAGGGAGUUUGUUUACAACGGUGCUAGAGUGUGGUAUUCUGGCUCUGAGAAAAAAAUAGAAGAGAUACGAAUAAGUGGAAAAACAGCUGAAAAUAUCAAAGUCGAGGUUCUUUCCGUUGGAAGCCUAGAACGCCCUGACAUCCAGUAUUCUCUUUACGUUCCCCAAAACUUUGCGUGGAAUGCAAAUGGUCCAUGGACACAAUGUAGUCGCCUCUGUAAAGGUAGAAGGAGACGACAAAUCUUGUGCAUACGCAACUCAGAUAAACGAGUGGUCAGAAAAGGAAAGUGUAGGCCCUUUCCUCGUCCACCUGCCAUCAAAGAAAACUGUAAUACCAACUGCGUUUUAAGGUGGAACAUAAAGAUGGAUAAAAAAUGUUCAGUGCGUUGCGGAUCUGGUACAAGGCGUCAGAAAGUGCGUUGCAUGCGAGUCAGUGGUCCUCAUACGGAUAUCAUUCCUGAUGAAUACUGUAAACAUCUUAGCCGUCCACCUGAUUCAGUACCAUGCAAAGGAGUGUGCGAAGACUCUAAUUGGGUCUAUAGCGACUGGUCCGAGUGUUCUAAAACCUGCGGUGCUGGAGUCCAAAGACGAACAACAAACUGUGUUGGUGUUAGUGAUGGCAACUUACCAGACAAUAACUGCAGAGAAUCAGAAAAGAAGCCACUUCAACAGCCUUGUAAUGAUCAAAAGUGUCCAGCUUGGAUUGCUGGCCGCUGGAGUGCAUGUUCGGUGACUUGCGGUAAAGGUGUAGAAACUCGACAGGUCAGCUGCACAAAUGGCAAAAAAGCUUUCCCAGAAUUAGCAUGUCUAUCAGUUGUCAAACCAUCCAUGAAAAGACCUUGUUCACGUGAUGCCUGUCCUAACUGGACUACCACAGGAUGGUCAGAAUGCUCUGUUACUUGUGGUAAUGGUGUUCAGAUUAGACAAGUCAAGUGUAGAAAUAUGGAGAAAGGGUUUUCAGAAUCUGCGUGCAAAUCGCAAGGUAAACCCUCCGUCAGGAAGUCGUGUUCACCCGGAAAAUGUCCCUACUGGACUACUACAAGGUGGUCAGAGUGUUCAGUUACUUGUGGUUCUGGUAGGAAGACUCGCCAGGUGUCGUGCCAUUAUCCAAUGGAUAACUCAGUGGUUAAGAUAAACCUCUGCAAUCCAGCAACUAAACCAAAUGACCAGGAAAAUUGUUUGGAAGGUGAAUGCCCUCUCGUGUUAAAAACACCUCGUCAUCAAGGUUCCUGGAGUGAGGGAGAUUGGACACAGUGUUCUGCCACUUGUGACAAAGGUAUCAAAAGAAGGCAAGUCCUUUGUCGUGAUUCCAAAGGCCUUGCUUUAUCUGAUACCAACUGUAAUGAAGAAGAAAAGCCGAAAGAGGAAACGCCUUGUAUAGUGAAAUCCUGCACCUCUUGGAAACAUGGGGAGUGGGGCCUGUGUUCACAACCCUGUGGUCAAGGAAUUCAGCUGCGUAUCGUCAAAUGCGCUUUUGAUAACUGGGAGAUUGCAGAUGAUAAAAGAUGUGACCCUUCAAAAAAGCCUCCUGAUAAUCGCAAUUGUAAAAUCCGAUCAUGCCACCCAAAACCUGUCAUUUAUUUUACGUCAAGCGAUGCCCUGGGCAAUUAUCCCACCACUCCUUUUAGCCCACGAUGGGAAACCAAAGAUUGGAGUCAAUGUUCUGUGACAUGCGGUAAGGGGGUUAGGAGCCGGGCUGUUACCUGCAAGUUAAGGAACAAUCAAAGAAGCAGCCUCUGCUCUCCACUUACCAAACCUCAGACUACGAUUGUUUGUAACUUAGGGCCCUGCCCCGAAUGGAUCGCACAGUCAUGGAGUCAGUGCUCCGUCAGUUGCGGUUCUGGAAAAAGGCAUCGUAUAGUAAGAUGUAAUGGAGAAAAUACCCAUUGUGAUAACAAAACCAAACCACCUGAGACAGAAAUCUGUAACGACCAAAAGUGUCCGCAGUGGAAUGUGGGGUCUUGGAGCAAGUGCUCCAUUACAUGUGGAAAAGGAUUCCAGACGAGACCCGUCGACUGCAGCACUGGAAAUGGUAAUUGCGACCGUUCCAACAAACCAUCCCAGAUCAGGUCAUGUGAAUAUGUGCAAUGCCCUAAAUGGAGACUUGGAAUCUGGAGUGAGUGUACCGUCACCUGCGGCAAAGGAGUACAGAAACGCAACGUCACAUGUGGUUCCAAGAGUUUGCCUUGUGAUACAGACCACAAGCCUCUCGAACGACGCGUCUGCAACACGAGAAAAUGUCCUGUCUGGAAAGCUAGUACAUGGAGUGAGUGCUCUCAAACAUGCGGCGGCGGUAUGAGACUGCGCCCAGUUACGUGUCAUCCAAUCAGAGGUUUGUGCAACCCCCAAACAAAACCAAUAGACACAGAAGAGUGUAAUAUGGAGGAAUGCCCAAAAUGGAUCCCCGGACCGUGGACUGAGUGUUCUGCAAGUUGUGGUGGUGGUGUUACCGGGCGUAUAGUGCGAUGUAAUAACAAGCGAAUACCAAUCCUCUGUGAUGCUAGAAAAAAGCCUUUAACGACAAAAAGCUGCAACGUUCACGAGUGUCCUAAAUGGGCUUUUAGCAAGUGGAGUAAGUGUUCAGUCACGUGUGGUAUUGGGGUUCAAACUCGACCUGUGWCUUGCAACUCGAAGAACGGUUCAUGUGAUCCAAGAAUUAAGCCUCCAAGGACAAGAGUGUGCAAUGCUGGACGAUGCCCUACAUGGAUUACCAGACCCUGGAGUGAUUGCUCCAAAACUUGUGGCGAUGGAUUGCAGACGAGGAACGUCGAAUGUGAUGGCGUUCUUGGUAGCUGCGACAUCAAUCAAAGACCAUUGUUCACUCAAAUAUGCAACCUUGGGACGUGUCCAGAAUGGAAAGUUGGAAACUGGAGUGACUGUUCCGUUAGCUGCGGUGAAGGCGUUAAAUCAAGAGAUGUAAUGUGUAGUACAAGAGAUGAUAAUUGCAGUAUUCUACCAAAGCCUGAAGCAAAAGCAAAAUGCAUCUUGUCAAAGUGUCCAUCAUGGACCGUUGGUCUUUGGAGUAAGUGUUCAACAACCUGUGACGAAGGCCUGCAAAAACGAGAUGUCUCAUGUAAGCCAGCAUCCGCUCGAUGUGAUCGCCGAAUCAAGCCUGAGGACACUAGGAUCUGUAACCUUGGAUUGUGCCCGAAAUGGGAUCCUGGGACAUGGAGUGAAUGCUCUGUAAGCUGCGGAGAGGGAGUCAGAAGACGAGCCAUUAAAUGCAAUUCAAAAAUAUUUCCAUGUAACAACAAUUCACGGCCAAUCCAUGUAAAAAGAUGUAACCCUGGUUUAUGCCCCAAAUGGACUGUUGGUCACUGGAGUAUAUGUUCUGUUACGUGUAGCGAUGGUAUCCAAACAAGAGCUGUUCAGUGCAGUACUGGUGAUGAUCGCUGUGUUACCAAAAAGCCCCCAACUAAACGAUCUUGUAAUUUAGGGGAUUGUCCGAAAUGGAUUGUUGGACCAUGGGAGUAUUGCUCGGUGACUUGUGGUUUAGGUGUAAAGAAGCGCAUAGUGUACUGCAAUACACGAGAUGGUCGGUGUGAUGAAAGAGUCAAACCAGUAAGCUCCCAAAGUUGUAUAAUGACAGACUGCCCUUCUUGGAGUGCAGGAGCAUGGAGUAAGUGUUCUGUGACUUGCGGUCCUGGAAUUAGAAUGAGAAGGGUUCAAUGUCUCUCCAUACAAAAAAAUGUCUGCAAUGCUGAAACUAAACCAGCUGAAACCGAGAGAUGCCAUAAAGGACCUUGUCCGUCGUGGCUUUUUACUGACUGGAGCAAGUGCUCUGUCACAUGCGGAGUGGGAUUCCAAACACGCUCCGUGACUUGUAGUGAUCACAAAAGAAAGUGCAACCCUACCCGGAAGCCUUCGGAAAUACUACGGUGUAACAGAGGAGAAUGUCCAACGUGGACUAUAGGUCCCUGGGAAGAGUGUUCAACUACAUGCGGUGAUGGUAAACAACGACGGGAAGUAAUUUGUUCAGGGGGAAAGCUAGCAUCUUGUGACGAAGUUUCAAGGCCGAUUGAUACUCAAAAGUGCAACCAAAUGGAAUGUCCUGUAUGGACUGUGGGGUUGUGGAGCGAGUGUUCCAAGACAUGCGGUGAUGGCAUAAAACGAAGGGACGUUAUCUGUCGCUCAAGCGAACAGCUCGCAACUUGCGACAAAGGUUCGAAGCCGAUUGAUACCAAAAAAUGCAAUCGCAUGGAAUGUCCUGUGUGGACUGUUGGAGUAUGGGGCGAGUGUUCUGCUACUUGUGGUGCGGCUGUACAAAGACGAGAAGUUGUUUGCACGUCAGCCUCUGGAAAAUUAGAUUGCGACAAAAGAUCAAAACCUAUUGACGUUCGUGCCUGUGAAUUAGACGUAUGCCCUACAUGGAUUACAGGGGUUUGGAGUAAGUGUUCUGCUACCUGUGGUGAAGGAAGAAGUACACGUGAAGUCAAGUGCAAUACUAUACCAAGCAAAUGUAAACAUGACGACAAACCAAGACACGUUAAAAUAUGUAAUCUUGGUGACUGCCCACGUUGGAUGGUUGGCCCCUGGAGUCAGUGUUCAGUGACGUGCGGUAAAGGAAGGAUGGAGCGUUCAGUGAACUGCACCAUACCAAACAAAUGUAACGAAAAACAACAACCAGCAAUAGAUGUCAUUUGUAAUAUGGGUUCCUGUGCCAGAUGGAAUAUUGGGGAAUGGAGUCAGUGUUCUGUUUCGUGUGGUCAAGGAAAGAAAACCCGUACUGUGCGUUGUUUGGAUGGUGAUAGGCCCAGCUAUGUCUGUGACAACAAAACAAGACCAGCAUCUUUUAGUUCUUGUGACAGCAACCAGGAUUGCCCUUCAUGGAGCAUUGGAAAUUGGACUGAGUGUUCCAGGAGCUGUGGUAUAGGUGUUACUGGCAGACAAGUAAGGUGCUUACAGGGAGAGAAAGCCCUGGACUAUUCAGCAUGUGAUGUCAAUACAAGACCUGUAAUAAGAAGAGCAUGUCAAAUACAAGAGUGUAUAAAAGGUGCAUUUUGGAGCACAGGAAAGUGGGGAAAGUGUUCCGCCCAGUGUUCAGAGGGCGUCAGGACCAGGACGAUCAUGUGCGUCGCGCGGAACGGAACUCAAAUCGAGGACAAAUACUGUGACCGACGAAAGCUUCCAAGGACAAGUAAAAGCUGCAACAAAUAUAAACAAUGCGGAGAGUGGGAAGUAGGACCAUGGAGCAAGUGCUCGACGUCCUGUGGUGAUGGCUUGAAAACAAGAGCAAUUCGAUGCUUGCAUAACUUGGAAUACGCACACGAGGAAAACUGUGACCUUUCUAAAAAGCCAAUAGAUCAGUUGUUCUGUCAAAACAAUAUAUGUCCUCUAUCAUCAGACGGCGUCUAUAGAUGGCAGACAACGUCUUGGAAUAAGUGUUCUCGUACUUGUGGAUAUGGACGAAAAGCAAGGCGCGUUAUGUGCAUUGAUAACCAUGGCAACGAAGUGAUUGACGAGUAUUGUAAUGGAAAUGCUAAGCCAGUUCAAUUCCUCCCGUGCUUUGAAGUGAGGUGUCCACCCAAGUGGAAGUUUGGAGACUGGUCAGAGUGUUCCAGAACAUGUGGCCAUGGAGGAUAUCAGGUUCGCCCUGUCACCUGUGAGGGGGUACCAGGGGCUGGAGGAUGUAACGUUAGAAACAAACCUCCAGUAUGGCGUCCGUGCAACUUUGGUCCAUGCUCGGGGGAAUUCAAAUGGAAAAUUGGCAUCUGGUCUCAGUGUUCAGUGAGCUGUGGCAUAGGAGUAAUGAAGAGAGACGUCACCUGCUUUGACAAGCAAGAAAAUCGAAGACCAGAUUCAUUCUGUACUCUACCUGCUCUGAAGCCUGAUGAAACUAGACCAUGUCAUAUGAGACCUUGUACUCCUAGAACAUGCAGAGAAAUUCAGCUUACAAGUGGCUUACAGGCAGAUGGUGAACACGUGCUUGAAAUACAGGGUAGACUACUUAAGAUCUACUGUCAUGGUAUGACCACCGAUAGUCCCAAGGAAUACAUCACCCUGAAGUCAGGCUCAAAUGAUAAUUUUGCUGAGAUAUACCCAAAGAGAUUACUAAAUCCAUACCGUUGUCCAAGAAAUAGAAGCACAGAAGGCUGUCCGUGUGAACCACAAAACUACGAAGAAUAUGGUGGCUCCUACUUUUCAAAAAUCAGAUUCGAUAUCUCUAAAAUGCUUAUUAUUGCUGAUGAUAUGGAGUUUGCUGUAACUAGGGGUCUAAAACCCCCUCUCUACGGUACAGCAGGGGAUUGUUAUAGUUUAGUAAACUGCCCACAGGGUCGGUUUAGCAUAAAUCUACAAGGAACUGGACUAGAAUUAUCGUCUGAAGUGAAAUGGAGAUCAUCUGGACGCUCUCCUUCUCAAGUUAUUUACAGAUAUCCUGAAGGCAAACAGGUUAUUGGUAAAUGUGGUGGUUUAUGCGGGAAAUGUUCUCCAGAUCAAAGAGUUGGUCUUAAGCUUAUAGUUAGUAAAGGAGACUAAAUAAUUUAGGUGGGAUAGUCAAUUUUCAAAUUAGAAAUGUAAAUAUUUAAAGUAUGAAGCCUUCAACAAGAGACCGCGCAAUUGUGGAGCCACUAAGCAUUAAGAAAUGGGAAGGGUUCUAACUUGCCUUGAUGAAUAUAUUGAGUUUAUUCAUUCUACGAACAAAAAUCAGUGUGACACUGCUCUGCUAGCAACGUGUAUGGUACCUCUGCUAUGACAAGCGCAAAGAAUGCACGUGAAAUUAUAAAGGUUCAUAUGUAUGAAGGAAUGAAAAGACAUGCGGUGCUGUGCUGUGUCAUAUUCAAGCCUUGAGAUUAAAGGAGAUCUAUAUAUACGGUCUUGCCUUUUUAUUGGUUCACUACUGACAAACCUCUUUGAAGUCGAAGAUCAAGAUCUCUUGGUAAAGAACGAAAAGAAAUGACCUGUUUAAUUAUAUACAAAACAUUGAUGCUAGAGUCGACAGGAAUUUGACGUUUGUAUAUUUAUGUAAAGCGAUAAUAUUAUGGAACUCACUUGGACUCACGAAAAAAGAUAAAAUCAUUGUACAGAAA